GCCACCCAUCCCUCUCUGUACUCGUGUGUUUUGCUCCAACUAGCUGCUACUUUAGUUCAAUUCUUGCAUUUUGUGUAUUUUUUUGGUGAUUUAGGCUACUUUUUUUCAUGGGAAUUCUUGAAAUUGAAGAUUUUGGCUGAGUUGGUGUGAAUUAUUUGUCAUAGUGUGAGAGAGUUUGUUGAUUUUGGUUGUUUUGUGUAAUGGGUGGCUAAAGAUUCUUGCUUUGUGAGAUUUUGAUGAUCUGUUUGGAUUGUAUUUGAUGUGUUGUUGGAAUCUAGGCUACUUUUCUUACAUGGGGUUUCUUGAAAUUAAAGAAUUUAGCUGAGUCGGUGUGAAUUAUUUGUGAUAGUGUGAAAAGUUUGUUAAUUUUGAUUGUUUUGUGUAAUAGGUGUCUAAAGAUUCUUGGUUCUUGAGAUUUUGAUGAUCUAUUGUUCUGUAUUGGAUAUGUUAUUGGAAUUUUGAAGUAAAAAACAACCGUUAAGGUAUCUUCUUGAAAAAUUCCGGACCCUUUUUCUUUUGUUUAGUGGGUUUUUUUGUUGUCUGAGAAUGGAAUCAUUUUGCAGGUGGGUGUAUAUUUAUCUUCCUUUAUAUUAGCCCCCUUUAUUGUUCUUGUGGGCACUGGAUCAGAUUUUUUGAUAUCUUAUAUUAGGUUUGGAUUGGGGCAGCCGAUAUCGCUUUCUUUUUCUUAUCCUCUUUUUUGAUUCUGUAAGACUAGUUUUAGCUGAAAUCAUCUUGGUGUAUUUUAUGAAUCAUGUGGUGGGAGUCACUAGUUUGAGAUAUUUGUAAGAUAGUUUUACAAAAGGUUGUUGCUAUACAAGAUUCGAGUUUGUGUGGGGUGUAGUAGAUGAGAGAAUGCGUUGGGGUAAAAAGUCAUUGAGAAAAGAUAUUUUGAAAUUGUAGAGGGUCGGGGUGAGAAAUGUCUUCCAAAUCGGCAACUAGUUGUUCUGAGAGUAGUUCAGUUGCUCGACCAAAUCGUAGCAAUCGUUUGAAUUCUCAAACUCCAAUUGAUGCUCAGCUAGAUGUAGAAUUUGAAAAUGCGGAAAAGUUGUUUGAUUACUCUACUUCUGUUGAUCUUAAUGCAUCCGCUUCCACUAGCAAUGUUCCUACAUCGACCGUGUCAACCUACCUUCGGAAGAUGCAAAGAGGGAGUCUUGUACAGUCCUUUGGUUGCAUGAUUGCAAUUGAUGAUCAAAAGUUGACAGUUCUUGCUUACAGUGAAAAUGCUGCAGAAAUGUUGGACUUAGCACCACAUGCUGUUCCUAGCAUGGAGCAGCAAGAGGCUUUGACUUUUGGGACGGAUGUGCGGUCUCUAUUUGAAUCCUCAAGUGCUGCCGCUAUACAGAAAGCAUCCAAUUUCGCCGAAGUUAAUUUACUCAAUCCGGUUAUGGUUCAGUCCAAACACUCCGGAAAGCAAUUCUAUGCCAUUUUACAUAGAAUUGAUGUGGGAUUAGUCAUAGAUUUGGAGCCGGUAGAUCCGUCUGACACGCCAGUGACAACUGCUGGAUCAUUAGUAUCUUAUAAACUUGCGGCAAAAGCAAUUUCAAGGCUGCAAUCUUUGCCAAGCGGGAAUAUAUCAUUAUUAUGUGAUGUGCUGGUUCGGGAGGUGAGUGAUUUGACAGGCUAUGACCGUGUGAUGGUGUACAAGUUUCACGAUGAUGAGCAUGGGGAGGUUGUUGCUGAGUCCCGCAGGCCAGAGUUGGAACCCUAUCUUGGCUUGCAUUAUCCAGCUACAGAUAUACCACAAGCUUCAAGAUUUCUCUUCAUGAAAAAUAAGGUUAGGAUGAUAUGUGAUUGUUUGUCUCUUCCUGUUAAAGUUGUUCAAGACAAGAGAUUGAAGCAGCCAUUGAGUCUUUCUGCAUCCACACUAAGAUUUCCUCACGGGUGUCAUGCCCAAUACAUGGCAAAUAUGGGUUCUAUUGCGUCUCUCGUUAUGUCUGUUACGAUCAAUGAAGACUGUGAUGACACUGGAAGUGAUCAGCAAAAGGGAAGAAAAUUGUGGGGUUUGGUUGUUUGCCAUCAUACCAGCCCUAGGUUUGUUGCAUUCCCGUUGAGGUAUGCUUGCGAGUUCUUGCUUCAAGUCUUUGGUGUUCAGAUCAGCAAAGAAGUGGAGUUGGCUGCUCAACUAAGGGAGAAAGAUAUCUUGCAAACACAAACCGUGCUUUGUAGCAUGCUUUUAAGAGAUGCUCCAGUUGGAAUUAUGGCUCAAUCACCUAAUGUGAUGGAUCUUGUCAAGUGUGAUGGAGCUGCACUUUUAUAUAAAAACAAAAUUUGGUCACUUGGGAUCACUCCUACUGAGGCACAGAUCAAUGAUAUAGCUGGAUGGCUUCUUGAAUACCAUAAGGAAACUACAGGCUUAAGUACUGACAGCCUCUUAGAGGCUGGUUAUCCAGGUGCUUCUAGUCUUGGCGAUGCUGUGUGCGGAAUGGCUGCUACACAAAUUACUUCGAAGGAUUUUCUGUUUUGGUUCAGGUCCCAUACAGCAAAAAAAAUCCAGUGGGGUGGUGCAAAACAUGAUCCUGGUGAUAGCGAUGAUACAAGAAGAAUGCACCCAAGGUCAUCAUUUAAUGCCUAUCUUGAGGUGGUUAAAAACCGCAGCCUUCCCUGGGAAGAUGUAGAGAUGGAUGCAAUCCAUUCUUUACAAUGCAUAUUGAGAGAAUCAUUGCAGGAUGAGACUGCAGACGAUUCUAAAAUGAUUGUGGAUAUUCCAUCAGCCGAUACUAGCAUGCAAGGGGUGAGUGAGCUACAUAUCUUAGCCAGUGAAAUGGUCCGUCUUAUUGAGACGGCUUCAGCUCCAAUCUUUGCAGUUGAUCACUCUGGUGCUGUCAAUGGGUGGAAUACAAAAGUAGCUGAGCUGACUGGGUUGGACGUGCAACAAGCCAUUGGCAUGCAAUUGACUGAUAUUGUUGCAGCAGAUUCUACUGAAGCAGUGAAAAAUGUUCUCGUAUCAGCUUUACAAGGCAGUGAGGAGAGGAAUCUUGAAAUCAAACUUCAAAGAUUUGGGCCCCAAGUAGAUAAUGAUGUGAUUAUCUUGGUUGUAAAUGCUUGUUGUAGUAAAGACAUGAAGGGAAAUAUUGUAGGAGUUUGCUUUCUUGGACAAGAUGUUACUGGUAACAAAUUGAUUAUGGACAAAUAUGCAAAAAUCCAAGGUGACUAUGUGGAUAUUGUGCGGAGCCCUUGUGGCCUUAUUCCCCCGAUAUUUAUGAUGGAUGAUUCUGGUCGCUGUUUAGAGUGGAGUCGUACAAUGCAAAAUUUGACAGGUUUGAAAAGAGAGGAAGCCGUCGACAGGAUGCUUCUUGGGGAAGUUUUCACUGUUAAUAAUUAUGGUUGUCGUGUCAAAGACGAAGACACACUAACCAAGCUAAAAAUAUUCCUCAGUGGUGUAACUGCGGACCAGGUUGCAGAUAAAUUGUUGUUCAGGUUUUAUAAUCAGCAGGGUAAUGAAAUAGAAGCAUUACUUACCGCAAACAAAAGGACUGAUGCUGAAGGGAGAGUAACUGGUGUUCUGUGCUUUUUGCAUGUUGCAAGUCCAGAACUUCAGUAUGCGAUGCAGGUCCAAAAAAUAUCGGAACAAGUUGCAGCAAAUAGCCUUAAACGAUUAACUUAUAUUCGUCAUGAAAUCAGAAAUCCUUUAAAUGGUGUCAAGUGCAUUCAGAAUCUGAUGGGCGCUUCUAAUUUAACCCAGGAUCAGAGUGCACUUCUGAGGAUGAGUAUAUUGUGCCAGAACCAGUUAUCCACGAUUAUUGAUGAUACAGAUAUUGGGAGUAUCGAAGAAUGUUACAAGGAAUUGGGCUCGACAGAAUUCAAUCUCAAGGAUGUACUGGAUGUUGUUAUAAAUCAAGUUAUGAUACUGAGUCGUGAGCGAGAGGUCCGGAUCACAUGUGAUGCACCCGCUGAAGUAGCAUCCAUGUAUUUGUAUGGAGAUAAUGCAAGGCUUCAGCAAGUACUCUCAGAAUUCUUAACAAAAGCUCUUAUUUUUACUCCUGCAUUCGAAGGAUCAACAGUUCUACUGAGACUAAUUCCGAAAAAGAGACGUAUUGGGUCCAAAAUACAGAUUGUCCAUCUGGAAUUUCGGAUUAUGCAGCCUGCUCCAGGUAUACCAGAAGCUUUAAUACAGGAGAUGUUUCAUCAUAGCAAAAAUUCAUCGAGGGAAGGUCUCGGUCUGUAUAUAAACCAUAAGCUGGUAAAGAUCAUGAAUGGAACUGUGCAGUAUCUCCGAGAGGCAGAUAGGUCAUCUUUUAUCAUUCUUUUAGAAUUUCCAUUAGCUAAAACAGCUCAAGGAGAUAUGAAAGCACCGGUUAGCAAGAAAGCGAAAAAGCAAAUGACAUAGUCGGGCUUUACAAACGGAGGGAUGAUUCAAGUCUGAUUCAGUAUUCUUGUACAGAAACUUGGAUGGAAAUUUUUCUUGAUUCACAUGAAACAAGUCGAAUCAUAAGUAGGGAGGCAAAGGAAAACUAUUGACCAACAGUGUACCACGUAUUUUGUCUUUGAAUAACUUAUUAUGAGCUGAAUUCUGCAAUUGGAUAUUUUGUUAAUGUAUUAAAAUUUUCAUGUUUCA